AUGAUUGUUUGGGGUGUUUCUAAGAUCAUCACACCAAUUGAAGUAGAGGAAAGAAGCGAUUCUUGUAGUUGGAUGACACCACAUCCCGUGCAUGAUUGGAUCUACCAAGGGCCAGCGAUAAUAGUGUUGAUAGUAAACUUGGUUUUUCUAUCAAAAAUCAUGUGGGUACUAAUAACAAAGCUAAGGUCAGCGAAUUCGGCUGAAACCCAACAAUACCGCAAAGCCAGUAAAGCUUUGUUAGUUCUCAUACCAUUGUUAGGCGUUACCUACAUACUAACCAUGGUCGGGCCUACGGAAUCCGGUACUUACGCUAACUAUUAUUCUUAUGGUAGAGCUACACUUUUGUCUAUGCAGGGCUUUAUGGUGGCAAUAUUUUACUGCUUUGUCAAUUCUGAAGUUAAGAACACAUUCAAACAUCAUUUCAUUCGAUGGAAUGACGCAAGGAAUCUGAGAACCGGUGGUAGCAGAAGAUUUACUUAUUCAAAGGAUUGGUCACCGAAUACAAGGUCCGAUAGUGUCAGGAAUAUAUUGAACAUUGGAUACUUUGAUGAAAUGGCUGAAUCAUAG